AUGAGCCCCAAAUACGUCCUUCAUACACCCCCUCCCGCCAACCCUCAUGAAACCCAGGCUACAAGCACCUUUAUGCCACCAAUUUUUAUUGAAAUGGGGGACGAAGGCGGCGAGUUUCUCGAAGCAAAGAUCAAAGACGAGACCGGCGAGACCGUCCGAGCAGACGUAGACUGGACCCCACUAUCUGGCACCCGCUCCAUAGACACCUCGGUCGUUGGUGGAUUUAUGUUCCAAACCGAUGCGGGAAGUGAAUGUUCGAUUCAAGUGGUCGAAGAUGGGAAACUACCUGUUCAGAUUUUGAUAGAUCGGGAUCAGGAUUUUGGCCAGUUCCUCGUCGCUAUUCAGCGCGAUGAGGAGUGGAAGACAUCUGGAGACUUUCACCUGCGAUUCUUGCGCCGAUUUCCGAUCUUGGACAAGCGAUGCACCGCUUACAUCAAAGAUGGACCGUUUGCAGGACCUGUCCCAUCAUUAUCAGAUUCAGGCACGAAUAUCACUGAGGUGCCAGGGUCGUCCACCGCUGACGCAAUCACUGUCGAGGAUAAGGAGGAAGAGCAGAAAGCGGCCGAUCGGGCUAAGGGCACCAGGAAAUCACUUCCAGCUCCUUCAUCGUCCGACUUAUUGUUCAAGCAUGCUUACAUUGUUCCUCUUGCCGGCCCAACAGGAAACUCCGAGGAAACCGAGGAAUCAACGGACGAGGAAGACCACCUCGGGAUCGGUGCAGCAGCCUUGAAAGGCACUGGGGGAGGUAUUAUCCCACCGGGAAUGUUUCCGCCCCGAAAAUGA